AUGCACGAAUUUCGCCAGUUUUUCCUUCUAUUUUACAAGGAUUGGAUAUUACUGAAGAGAAAUAAAUUAUGGGCGAUUUUUGAAAUUAUUCUACCAUGUCUUAUUAUGUUUCCGAUUGGAACAAUGAUUUUGGCGGUAAGCUUUUUAGGGGAAAAACUUACACUGUUUUUUUACUAAUCAAUUUUGCAGAAAUCUGGAAAUUACAACACUCUCCACCCAACCACUGUUUUUCCUCCAUUUUUGAUUUCCGAAUUAUUCGGAAGACAAAUUAUAGAUGGAUAUUGGUGUGGAAAUCGAGAUUCGCUAAGAUUUGGAUACACUUCAUUAUAUCCCGAAAAAAUCAAUGAUGUGAGAGAUGUUAUGAGUCGAUUUAUUGAGAGAUUUCGAAAUUCGACAGUUCGAAUAACUGUUGUUGAAUUUGACAACGAAUCGGAUAUGAUGAAUGAAUUGGAGAAAGAUUUAAAAGGACAGAAUUUUGAAAAUAAAUGUAAUAUUCAUAAUUAUAUUGGAGGAGUGGUUUUUGAUGAGAUCGAUAAACUCGGAAAUAUUUUGAAGUAUCGAAUUGCAAUUUCUGAUGGAAGAUCGAAAUAUGAUUGGAAACUUGAGCAAAAUCAACGAUUUCCUUAUGGCGGACAUCGAGAAAAAUUUCAUAUUCCUUCAGAACCUCCUUAUUAUUACUCAGGAUUUUUACACCUUCAACAUGCUGUUGAAACAAGUUUUAUUGAAUUUAUUAAUGGAAAAAGACUCGAAAAUUAUCCGAUAAUAUUCAAACCUCUUAGUGAGGCACAUUCAAUUGAUGGAAAUGUUCAAUUAUUCAUCGGAUAUUUUAGUUUACUUUUUCCAUUUAUCGCAUUAUUCAAUGUUAUGCAUAUUUCUCAGCAAAUUUCCAGCGAAAAUGAGAAUGUGAAACCGUAUUUAUCAGCGAUGGGAUUGUCAACACCAAUGUUUUAUUUGAAUCAUAUUUUAGUUGGAUUGGCGAAAUUUAUGCCAGCCAUUUUUAUAACUUUGAUAACUGUUGGGGUUGAGCUGCAGGUUAGUUCAGAUUUUUUCAAAUCAUAUUUUUUAAAGUUCGUGAUUAGUGGAGAAAAUCUUCUCUACUAAAAUCUCUGAAAAUAAAUUAAUUUCAGUAUACGGCCCCCUCCGUUUUCUUCAUAACUAUGUUUUUCUUUGCUCUGGGAGCUUUGAUUUUUGGAGCACUUUUCGGAGCAUUGUUCAAGAAACCAAUAAAAGCAGUUCUUUUUUCUUGGGCGCUAUCAAUAAUUUUGGCGUAUUACCAAAAACCCGAUGGAGAUCAAAUAAUCAAGUCAUUUUUCUAUGGAUUAAAUAUAAAUGGAGCAUUUUCUUUAGCAGUUUCAGCUAUUUCAAAUAACAUGGAAAUGGAGAGAUUUUUGGGAAUUUUGAAUGUUUUUGACGAUUCGUUGCUCUAUUUUUCAAUGGGAUUUGCGAUUUUUAUGAUGAUUUUCGAUAUUUUUUGGAUGACUGGGUUGAUUUUAUUAGUGGAUAAAUAUCGAGAUAAUUAUAGUAUAAGGAAUUUCGUGGAAAAUAUUAGGGAGAAACUUGGAAAAUCGAAAAAUAGAACACAAAAUAUGGAAAUUGUGAGAAUGAGCGAAUUAGAGAAACUUGAAGGUAAUCUUGAAAAAAAAAAGUUUUUUUUCAAAAUGACAAGAAACAUGAAAUUUAUUCAUUUUUAAACGUGACCCUUUUCGAGCAUUCAAUUUCAAUAUUCAUUUAAAAAAUGUGCUUAUUUCUAAAUUUUGAACAAAGGCAAAUACCCGUUCUGACGAUUUACGAGAAAACUGAUAUGAGACGCGCAAAUUAACAAAAGUAAGCUUUUCGUCGAAAAUUUUUAAAAAAUUACUUUAAAAAACUUUUGACGAUGAAAAACCAGCAAAGCUCCUGAAAUCAAAAUAUGGGAAAAAUAAAACAACGAUGCUCCGCUUGUAUGAACAGUCUGUGAACAUUAAACAAGCCGCAAGCGGAGUAUCGUUGUUUUACUUGUAUUUUUUCGUUUUUUUUGUUUUCAUGAGUUUUUCUAAUGUGUUAGCGUAGAAAAAACCCUAGGAAUCUUCCAAAAAUUUUCACAAUUUUUCAGAAUCUUUUGAAAUCGACCCUGCACGCUCCUCUGCCAAAUCUGGAGUUUCAGUCAGAAAUUUGGUGAAAAUCUGGCCCGAGACUGGAGAAAAAGCUGUUGAUGGAUUGAGUUUUGAAGCGAAAAAAGGACAGAUUUCGGUUUUAUUGGGACAUAAUGGAGCCGGGAAAUCGACAACAUUUCAAAGUAUUGUUGGAGCAAUCAAACCUUCGAAAGGUGAAAUUAAGGUUGGAAAUCGGAAUCGCGUAGGACUUUGCCCACAAAAUAACCCGAUUUAUGAUAAACUGACAGUUGAAGAGCAUCUUUGGUUGAUUUAUGGAUUUAGGGGAGGAAAAUUGAGUGUUUUGAAAUUUGAGGAGGAUAUGAACAAGUUAUUAAUGGAUAUUAAAAUGAUGGAAAAGAAAAAUGAAUUGGCAAUGAAUUUAUCAGGAGGAAUGAAACGAAAAUUAUGUGUUUGUAUGGCAUUGAUUGGAUCAUCUGAAGUUGUUUUAUUAGAUGAACCAACAGCUGGAAUGGAUCCUGGAGCAAGAAAAGAUGUUCAAGAUUUAUUAGAAAGAGAAAAACAAAAUCGAACAAUAUUAUUAACAACACAUUAUAUGGAUGAAGCUGAAAGACUUGGUGAUUGGAUUCUUAUUAUGUCACAUGGUAAACUUGUUUCAUCUGGAACUACUAAAUUCUUGAAACAAAAAUAUGGAACUGGUUAUUUAUUGACUGUUGUUUUGGAUGUUUAUUCAGACAAGGAGAAUUUGUGUCAAAUUUUGGAAAAUAUCUGUAAAUUCUAUAUACCUGAUGCAAAGCUUGGGAAGAAACACGGUCAACAAGUCGAGAUUGUACUGCCUGAACAUCGAAAAACUGAUUUUCCAUUUCUCUUUAGAGCAUUGGAAAAUGCUCAAGAAGGAAGGUGAGAUCUUCAAGGAAGAAACAUUGAAAAUCGAAUUUCUUUUCGAAAUAUAAGUUUGAAAAUUUUGAUUAAAGCUGUAGUUCAGUUAUCAAAUUUUCAAUUUAUUUUUUAAAAUUAUUCUCGAAUUCUGAUGAAAUCUUACAGAAUUUUUUUCAGAAUUUCAAGUCUGAAAUCCAGUGAACUUUGAUGAAGACAUUUUUUACAGUUCAAUAUUUCGUGAAUUUAAAUCUUUGAAAAUUACUUUUAUAAUCAAUUUUUCGAGGUUGCUUUUCGGAAAAAUCCCGUUUUUUCAGAAUCGACUCAAAAUUGCCCAAUUCUGUGAGAAAAUCAAUAUCUUCUCUGAAAAUUUCAAGCUUCGGCCUAUCACUUAACACAUUGGAACAAGUUUUCAUAAAUAUUGAAAGUAUUCAAUCUGGAAAUGAACCUGAAUCUGGAUGUCAAAAAAAUCUUCAGGAAAAAUUCAAAAAACUUCGAGAAGAUGUGCCUCAAAAACCUGAAUGCUCCAAACUUCUGUCACAAGUUCUCGCCAUUUUCCGCAAAAAGUUUAUAUAUUCUAGAAGGAAUUGGAGCAAUAUUUUGAGCCAAAUAAUUAUCCCAAUAUUUCUAUUAUCGAUUUUAGCUUAUAUGACAAGAUAUAAUGGAAGGAAAUCGGAAGGAGAGAAAAUAUUCGAAUUUUCUGAAUCUGGAAAAUCGAGAUAUCUUUGGAUGUAUCCAGCUAAAUCGCAAAGUGAAGAUCACGACAAAAUUCACAAAAUAUUGCUAAGAAAUCCGGGAAAAUUUGAGGCGUUGAAUUAUUAUGGAAGCGAAAAUUUGGAAAAAGUUAUCGAGGAAAUACGUGGAAUUUUGCCAACUCCUGAAUUUGGAUUUAUUCAGAAUUAUACAUUGUUUGAUUUGAGAAAUUAUCAUAUUUUACCGAAAUUGGUUACACUUCAAAAUCAAGCCAGAUUUAUGAUAAAUUCUGCUGGAAAAUUUGGAAAUCAAGAAAUAGUGAUCGAAUGUGGUAUCAAAGUAUAUUCAUCCAAUAAUAUUGCUGGAAUAACAACUCAUUUUUGGGCAAAAAUCUUAUUUGCACCAAUUAUUUUAUUGAUUUUCACCAUGCUCACUUCGAGUUUUGUCAUGUUUUUGGUGGAAGAACGCGUGUCGAAAUUUGCGCAUCAACAAUUUCUGACUGGAAUUUCUCACGGCGUUUUCUAUACGACUUCGAUGAUUUUUGAUUUCGCGCUGUAUUUUGGGAUUUGUGCGGUUUUUGUUGGAAUUGUUGUGAUUUUUGAGUUGGCUUUGGUGAAUUUUUGGGUGUGAGUUUGAAAAUUCGAAAUUUCAUUCUCUUAUUCAUUUUUUUAAUCCUCAAAGUUUCCAGCGUUGUCAUCUUCUGGUUUCUCUAUUUCUUCUCAACUCUUCCAUUUAUUUACAUUAUCUCACAAUUCCUAAAUUCUCCGGAAAAAGCAAAUAUUCUUCUAAUCACCUGGCAAAUUAUAAUAUCCACAUUGGCUUUCUUUUUUCUUUAUUUUAUUAUUCCACCAAUUGUAUUCACCCUUCAUUUGGAUCUAUCAAAAGCUGAAACAUUUCGAAAAAUUUUUCGAUUUUUAUUGCCAGCUUAUACAUUUGGAACAUCGAUUAUUUAUGCUUCGACGAAAUUUGAUAAAUCUGGAUGGCAACUUUUUGAAAUGGAAGAACUUGGAGAAAAUGCCGUGUUUUUACUGGUUUUUGGAAUUGCUUGUUUGACUGUUUUUGUUGCGUUGCAGUUUAGAGUUGUGAAGGAGAAAUUGGCGAAUUUCAGUUUUUCAAGAAAACCUAACCUGAUUUAUGAAAAGUGUGAAGGAAUCCAGCAGAAACCGUUUGAAAAUCCAGUUCUUGUUAUCAAGGUACGAACUAUUUAAAUUUUAAAUCUAGUUUCUGAAAAAAGUAUUUUUCUCUAGGAUCUCUCAAAAAAUUAUGGAAAAUUGAGAGCUUUGGAUAGUCUGAAUCUGGAAAUUGCUGAAAAUGAAUGUUUUGGAUUAUUAGGAACUAAUGGAGCUGGAAAAACAACUACAUUUAAUAUUUUAACUGGACAGGAAUUUGCAACAAGUGGAGAAGCAACUUUGGGUGGAAAAGAUGUUACCGAAAGAGUUGUAAGGAUUUUUGGGAAUUUUUUCCGGGAUUAUCUGAAAUAUCUUAAUUUUAAAUUAAAGAAAACUCACAGCCUCUUCUGAAAAUUUUGAGCUCCAGACAAAUCUAUUUUCCUUUUGCACCUGAAAAAUCCUCACUCAAUUAUUUGCAGGCUAUUGGAUAUUGUCCACAAUUCGAUGCUCUUCUACUCGAUCUAACAGGCCGUGAAAUUCUGGAAAUCUUGGGACAAAUGCAUGGAUUCAAAAAAUAUCAAGAAAAAGCAGAACUCGUAUUAGAAUGUGUUGGAAUGCGACAAAAUGCAGAUAAAUUGUGUAGAUAUUAUAGUGGAGGACAAAAACGAAAAAUAUCAGUUGGAGUCGCACUUUUAUCACCAACGCAAAUGAUAAUAUUAGAUGAACCAACUGCUGGAAUUGAUCCAAAAGCAAGAAGAGAAAUAUGGGAAUUAUUAAUUUGGACAAGACAAAAUUCGAAUAGUGCACUUAUGUUAACAUCACAUUCAAUGGAUGAAUGUGAGGCAUUAUGUUCAAGAAUUGCUGUAUUAAAUCGAGGAAAAUUAAUUGCUAUUGGAACAAGUCAAGAAUUAAAAUCAUUAUAUGGAAAUAGCUAUACAAUGACUUUGACUCUAAAUUCUGAGCAAAAUCGAGAAAAUCUUGUUGCUGAUGUUAAAAGCAUAAUCCCCGCAGCAAUUCUGAAAACAUCGCAAACCAACAAAACUUCAAAUCUUGUGUGGCAUAUUCCGAAAAAAUCAAAUGAUAAAUGGUCGGAAAAAUUCGAAAUGGUUCAAAAUCUCGCCCGACAUUUGAAUGUGAACGACUUCAUUUUAUCGCAAUCUUCUUUGGAAGAAACAUUCCUUCAAUUGUCGAAUUCAAACAAAAGUAAUGUUUAA